GAACGGCGCCAGCGCGAGGACCCGGCCCGGCUCCCUCAGGCUGCGGAAGGGAAGGAUGGGGGACGACAGACCCUUCGUGUGCAGCGCCCCGGGCUGCGGACAGAGAUUCACCAACGAGGAUCACCUGGCAGUGCACAAGCACAAGCACGAGCUGACUCUGAAAUUCGGCCCCGCUCGCACCGACUCCGUCAUCAUCGCAGACCAGACUCCGACCCCGACCCGGUUCCUGAAGAACUGUGAGGAGGUGGGGCUGUUCAACGAGCUGGCCAGCUCCUUCGAGCACGAGUUCAAGAAAGCGGCCGAGGAUGAUGAGAAAAAGGCAAGAGCCGGGGCCCUGGACAUGUCCCUGCCCUCCACCCCGGACAUCAAGAUCAAGGAGGAGGAGCCGCUCGAGGUGGACUCGACCCCGCCCGACAGCCCCGCGUCCCGGCCGCGCUCACCGCAGCCCCGCGACAGGGACAGGGACAGGGACAGGGACAAGGACAAGGAGCUGCCCUCCAAGCCCGUGAUCCUCUCCACGCCCACCCCCACCAUCGUGCGGCCGGGCUCGCUGCCGCUGCACCUGGGCUACGAGCCCCUGCAGCCCACGCUGCCAUCGCCCACCUCGGUCAUCACCCAGGCGCCCCCGGCCAGCAGGCAGCUGGGGUCUCCCUCCGGCUCCCUCCCGCUCGUGGUGCAGCUCGCCAACGGCCAGACCGUGCCCGUGCUGCCCGGGCCCCCCGUGCAGAUGCCUUCUGUCAUCUCGCUGGCCCGGCCCGUGCCCAUGGUGCCCAACAUCCCUGGCAUUCCCGGGCCCCCCAUCAACAGCAGCGGCUCCAUCUCCCCCUCGGGACUGCCAGUGCACUCCGAGGCCAAAAUGAGGCUGAAGGCCAGCCUGGCAGCAUCCUCCUCGCUGAACGGCAGCGGGCUGGCCGUGGGCUCGGCCAGCACCAUGGUGACCGCACGGCCAGAGCAGAGCCAGAGCCUGGGCCAGCACCCCGACACGCCCUCCCCUGCCCAGCCACAGGUGUCCCCUGCCCAGCCCACGCCCAGCACGGGCGGGCGCCGCAAGCGGGCGGCGGACGAGGACCCGGACGAGCGGCGGCAGCGAUUCCUGGAGCGGAACCGCGCGGCCGCCUCGCGCUGCCGCCAGAAACGCAAGCUCUGGGUGUCCUCCCUGGAGAAAAAAGCCGAGGAGCUGACGAGCCAGAACAUCCAGCUGACCAACGAGGUGACGCUGCUCAGGAACGAGGUGGCUCAGCUGAAGCAGCUGCUGCUGGCCCACAAGGACUGUCCCGUCACGGCCCUGCAGAAGAAGACUCAGGGCUACCUGGAGAGCCCCAAGGAGAGCUCGGAGCCCACGGGCUCCCCCGCCGCCGUCAUCCAGCACAGCUCGGCCCCCAACGGGCUCAGCGCGGCUCGCUCGGCCGCCGAGGCCGUGGCCACCUCGGUGCUGGCCCAGAUGGCCGGGCAAAGGACAGAGCUGGCCGUGCCCGUGGCCUCGCACGUCAUCAUGGCCCCACAGUCACAGUCUGCUGGCAGAUGAUGGCCCCGGGCCGGAGGAGAGCCCCGGGACUGAGCACAGCUCCAGACUGAC